AUGGCUAUCUUGUGUGUAUCAUCUGUCUUUCUGAUGUCAUCCGUGCUGUUCCUGUUUCUCUCUCCAAUCAUACCAAAUACUGAGGCUUCAUGUCCGAGAUCCUGUAACUGUCCAAACAUAAGGGAGGUGCACUGCACCUUCCGUCACCUCACAUCUCCACCUCCCAACCUGCCCAUGGACAGUGAGCGUAUUAAUCUUGGUUAUAACAGUCUCAAAAGUGUGACCGCUUCAGAUUUUAGAAAUCUUUUUAAGUUGGAAAUGCUCAUGCUCCAUGGGAAUGAUAUCACAUUUGUGGAACAAGGAGCAUUUUAUAAUUUACACCAUUUACAGAUCUUGAAGCUGAGUUACAACAAGUUGAAGACCAUCUACCAGGGCAUGCUUGAGGGAAUGAAAGGCCUUGUUCGUCUUCAUCUAGAUCAUAAUCUCAUUGAUUUCAUAGAGCCAUUUUCCUUUAAUGGACUCACAUCACUAAAACUGUUACAACUGGAUGGAAACCAGUUAAGAGACCUACAUCCCCAGACAUUUGUCACUCUCUCUUUUCUCGGACAUUUCCGGGGCUCUGGCCUCCAUCACCUCCAUAUUGCAGACAAUAAUCUGAAAUACCUUUUGCCUGGCAUUUUGAGGCCACUGAGCAAACUGGAGAGCCUCUCUGUGCAUGGUAACCCAUGGAUAUGUGACUGCAACUUAAGAUGGCUGAUAGAGUGGAAUCAAAAGCACAUGGGUGUAAUUAAGUGUAAGAAGGAUUCUGGUGACAGUGUAAAUUGUGCAACAUGUGUCACACCACAGCUCCUGAACAACAGCCAAGUCUUCCAGCUUAAAUCUGAACAUCUUGAUUGCAAACGUCCCUCCAUUGAUUCCCCAUUGAAAACUGGAGAAAUAAGCCACUUGGAGGACACUGAGCCAGACCUUCCAUAUAUCAAAGAUCUUGAGCCACCACUGGGCCAUCUUACAUUUACAUUGUCAGACAGUCAUGGGAAUGUAGCACAUGUCGCCUGUGUAGUAAGUCGACCAUCAGAGAGCACACCCGUGACAUGGGAGACCCUCAAGAACUCUGAAAUCAUAGUGAAUGUGACAUUGAUGAGCCACCUUGAGUGUGACAUUGACAGGGAUGAGCUGCACAACAUGUGGAGGCUUAUUGCAUAUUACUAUGAGAGUCCUGCUUUAUUAGAUCGAGGUGCAAGACAUGAGAACACUUCCCAGAUUGGUUUUCAGUAUUCUCAAGCAGUUAAUGAGGAUUCUUCAUAUUUCACAGACCUUAAAGGACACAUAAUGGCUGAACCCUCAUGGCUGUUACAACCAAGAAUUACACUCCAGCUUAACCGACGCAAAACCACAACAAAAAAGCUUGUUUUGAACUUCAGCACAUUCCUCACAAGUCACAAAGCAAAAUAUGAUAAAGUUAUGUCAUCCUGGGCUGUGAUUCAACGAGGACUGGCAACACAAAUCAAGUCAGUCAUUCAGGGAUCUAAUGUGACUUUUGAGUGUAAUGUACACAGCUCAGGACAGCAACAGGUGGAAUGGAUGCUCCCUGACUUAAUGCUUCUUGAACGUGAUUCAGAAAAUAUCAUAAAUGAGGACAAUAAAUUACAUAUUAAGAAUACGACUGUCUCGGAUUCUGGUCUUUAUCACUGCUUAGUGAAGACUGAAAUGGAUGUGGAUACAGCGUCCUUCCGGCUAGCUGUCAGAGAACAGCCCAAGCAAAGUGAUCUAAAUGGCAAGAGGAUUUCUUUGAACUGUGGGGGUGUGCUUACACUUGACUGUUUAGUAUCAUCACCUCAUCCGAGUGAAACCAGCUGGUAUCUCCCUAAUUCCAAGAUCCUUACAACCUCACAGCCCACGGGGAGAGUGUCUAUGCUUCAGAAUAAUACCCUAGUUAUAAAAAAUGUCAGCCGUGAUGAUACUGGAGUAUAUAGUUGCUUGGCAGUAAAUCUCUAUGGAGUUGAUAUGCUUUCACAUCUACUUGUUGUCACUGGUGAAAGAAUGGAAAAAAGAGAACAAGUCAGCACAACUGAAAAUGAAUCUCCUCUGUCUGAAACUAGGAUUGAAAAUGAGGGAUCAGGUUAUGAAGGUAUAGAUGAUCAUUUCCCAAAACAACAAAACACCUUUGGGAAAGAAAGAGGGCCUGGGAUUUUCAGAGGUGGGAAGAGAAACCGAGGGAAGCACAGCUCCAGAAAGUUGAACACAGUUGUACAAGAGAUGGGCUCUGUGUAUAGAGCAAAGAAACUGGACAAAGUAAAUGCUAAAGGUCCAUCACUGCCACUGAUUACCCAGACAACAACAACAACAAAAUCACAAACAAAUGUCACUAGUGUAAUUACCACCACCAUAGCAGCUCAAAGGUUUGCAGCCAAGAUCACAAAUAGUAUCGAUGAAAUUAAGAGCACAGUUCUUGAACAUGAAUCAAAUCAAAACCUAGGUUCAACAGAAGAUAUGAAAAAAAUAAACCAUCACACAGAUUAUUCAGAUUUUCCUGGGCAAAACAAUGACACAGCCACACUUCAGUCAAAAGCUCAGGACAUAGAGACCAGGGUUGAAAUCAAGUCGAGGGACAGAUUAAGCAUAAAGCCAAAUUUCACACAAAUACGGAGACCCCCACCUUUAAGACGCAGAAGACCACCACUGCGAAGAUUUCACCCUAACAGAUAUACUCCUGAUCCUAAUAAGGACACAACUGAGACCUCAAUAAAUGCAAUGUCUUGGAAUAGAACAAAAAACAGGUGCUACAAUUCAAACAGGUAG